GAAUCAAUGUGGCUAUGCAACGUCGCUCUUUCUCUCAGUCUCACAACGACCAGUGCAGUAGUAGACUGCCAGUCCUACUGCAAGCGAUAAUAAUCUGAACAUAGAAUGGCUCCAGAAGUGUAUCGUAUUGCCCGAGCUCCCAUAACUGCGCACGCUUUCAAUGCGGAUCGAUCCACCCUUGCGGUCAGCUUGAACUCCAAUGAUGCCCAGAUCUUAAUCCGUGAAGAUCAAGAAUGGACGACGAUCGAGACUCUUUCCGAGCACGAUAAAUUAAUCACAUCCAUCGAUUGGGCACCGAAUUCCAACAGGAUCGUCACCGCCUCUCAAGAUAGGAACGCUUAUGUUUGGCAACAAACUCCUGAUCCAAAAACUGGCAAGGUUGUUUGGAAGCCGACAUUGGUGUUGUUGAGGAUCAAUAGGGCUGCUACGCAUGUCCGAUGGAGCCCCAACGAGGACAAGUUCGCGGUUGCUAGUGGUGCCAGGGCGAUCGCUGUCUGCUCCUUCGACCCAGAGAACAACUGGUGGGUAUCCAAACUGUUGAAGAAGCCUAUCAGGUCCACAGUUCUAUGUGUCGAUUGGCAUCCCAACAACGUCCUGUUGGCUGCUGGGAGUGCGGACUCGCAGGCACGCGUCUUUUCCGCGUACAUCAAGGAAGUAGACUCCAAACCUGUCGCUACCGUUUGGGGUUCCAAACUGCCCUUUAACACCAUCUGUGGAGAAUACCGUAGCCCUGCGGGUGGUUGGGUCCAUGGUGUAGCAUUUUCACCCACAGGCGAUCUACUUGCUUUCACCAGUCACGACAGCUCCCUGAAUGUCGUCUAUCCUGGUAGCAAUGUCGUGCACAAUAUCCGCAUGCCAUCUUUACCUCUCGUGUCCCUGCUAUGGACCACCGAAGAUACGAUUGUCGCAGCUGGACAUGACUGCCAACCUUAUGUAUUCCAUGGUUCCGAAGCUGGAUGGCAGGAAACCGGUACUCUCGAUGAUCAAUCUACAUUAGGUGGCGCUGGCCCUGCUCGGCGCAGUGGCUUGGCGGCUCGUUCUGGUGCCUUCGCUGCAUUCCAAGCUGCUGAUAGUCGUGGAUUGGGGGGUUCAGCUGCAGGCGGAAGUGCUUCGACGGAUACCAAAUUGAACACGGUGCAUCAUAAUACCAUCACGAGUAUUAGAGCUCAUGAUGGCGUAAAGGGUCAGAUUGAGAGGAUUAGUACGACCGGUGUGGAUGGCAGUUUGGUCAUUUGGGACGUUAGUGCUGUCAGCGCGGUUGCUAGCAGACUUGGGGUCAUGAGCAUGCGUUGAAGCGAUGGGAGUGUGUUUCUUGGAGUUCUUGGAUUACAUACGAACAAUAAAGAGAGUACGAUAUUCUUCGUCUCACUAGGUGGACAAUAAAUAAAUCAAGACCUCGAAUGUCAUGAUAGACGAUUGUUGAUUUCCGGC